AAAGGCAGUAACCGGAAAUUACCUAUGAACUUCAUCGCUUCGGUGGAUUUUGACAUCCAAGACGUGUCUCCUGCAAAUGCGACGAGAUGAAAGCUACCGUUGGCUACCUUUUUUAAAAACUCCAAUACUCGCAACCUUUCCGCUUCCUUAGUUAUCUUUUAGGUUGUUACCAUUUAGGGAAUUUGUACGGCAGUCCUGUAGAAAAACCUUGAAUUGUGACAGCGACUUCAACCGCAGUGAAAAUGGAUUGAUCCAUGCUGCUGAAAAGCCAAGAAUGGAUUGAGGUGCGGAAGCUAGCGUUAGCCUGCUAGCCAUGGAAGGGGAGCUAGAGGAGCUUGUGACUCUGUAUUGUUGUUAGCCUCUAUUCCGUAAAAUGAGAUGAUAUUAGCUAUUCACCGUCCAAAAACGUUUCAGCCCACGCAUGUUAUUCUUAUUAAAAUGCAUCAGUGCUAUGCUGCGCACACGCCCUGAAAUGUCAGCUGCCCUGCACAUACUGCAGACACCCAGUUGGCUGUCAUGACAUAGAUCCCAUUCUACUCUGAAGCAGGAUUUUUCACUUUGCAGCCAAGCACUAAUAUACUAAACUAACAUUUUAAAGAUUUACACGUUUGAUCUGAAACCAGAGUCAGACGGAUCUAGUUUCAGAUUUACUGUGGUGAUAACGUUACAUGUAUUAACUGCCACUUAGGAGAUUUAGAUUCAACUUUAAGUAAGUUGCAGACGCCCGGCGGCCCAGUGUUUGUUAGUUAGACUAGUGGGGUGAUCCUUCCUGAGUUGUAUGGGAACCGGUGCUGGCUGUAGCAGGACUGUUGUAGGUCAACAAUGGGAGGUUCGGUGUCUUGCUGCAUCUCUCCUGGAGAGAGUCCCAAGAUCCACAGGAGAGAGGUGGAGCUGGAGGAGUGUCCCAUCACCACCACUGAGGACGUGAGCGAGGACACUGGGACCUACCUGCAGCACAUCAGCGACAGGGAGCUCCCCGACGAGCUGGCCCAAGAGGCCAACCCAUCAGACCACCCCAGAGCCAGCACCCUCUUCCUCAACAAGUCGCAGACAGACGUGCGCGAGAAAAGAAAAAGCAACUACUUGAAUCACCAGAUGUCCCCAGGGCUGCUGACAAAAAAGUACAGUUCCUGCUCAACAAUAUUCAUCGAUGAUAGCACCGUCAGCCAGCCCAACCUCAAGAGCACGAUCAAAUGCGUCGCAUUGGCCAUAUACUAUCACAUAAAGAACAGAGAUUCCAACCGCUCGCUGGAUAUAUUCGAUGAGAAGAAGCACCCUCUGACGCGAGAAAAGGUUCCAGAGGACUACUCUGUGGUCGACCCAGAACACAAACUCAUCUACCGUUUCAUACGGACGCUCUUCAGCUCUGCACAGCUCACUGCAGAGUGCGCCAUCGUCACUCUGGUAUAUCUGGAAAGGCUGUUGACGUAUGCUGAGAUGGACAUCUGUCCAUGUAACUGGAAGCGGAUUGUUCUCGGGGCCAUCCUGCUGGCCUCCAAGGUCUGGGACGACCAGGCUGUGUGGAACGUCGACUACUGCCAGAUCCUCAAAGACAUCACAGUGGAGGACAUGAACGAGAUGGAGCGUCACUUCCUGGAGCUGCUCCAGUUCAACAUCAACGUCCCAGCCAGCGUCUACGCCAAGUAUUACUUUGACCUGCGCUCACUGGCCGACGAAAACAACCUCAGCUUCCCUCUGGAGCCGCUGAACAACAAGCGGGCUCAAAAACUGGAGGCCAUCUCCAGGCUGUGCGAGGAUAAGUACAAGGACCUGUGUAAAUCGGCUAUGAGGAGGUCUGUCAGUGUAGACAACCUGGUUGGCAUCAAGAACACCCAUGCUGUGCUGUCCUAAGUCUGCGACGGGGGUGGAGCAACGGACUUAGAGUUAAGCUACAGGAUGUGAUGCCACAUUCAAGAAGUCAAGACAGUAUUCGCCAAGAGACAUUUCCAAAGUAGAUUAACGAUAUCCGUAACAGAAAAGUUCCAUUACAAAUAGUUAAAUGUCGACUUUUGGGGAGGAACAAAAGAGCAGAAGUUUACCAUACAAUAUCUCUAAUAAUCUCAAUAUGAAUCCAGUCUCUCUAUGUGUUCAUCACAAAGAACUUCAGCUAUCUGCCUUUAAAGCAUGAUCAUUUGGUGAAAUAUUUUGCACAUUUAUUUUCAAAUGGAUGUGUAACUUUGGAAGGAAUCCGCAUGAAAAUGCCUCCUGAAGUCACACACACACUGAGGACCUCAUCUUCUAUUUUUCACAUCAGCUGGUCUUCUGAGGAGUCUAUGGCUUUGGCCCUCUUCUCUCCACCAGCCGUAUCCCCUCACCUUCAUUCACAUGAUGACAGACUGUCUCGAACUACCCUGUGGUGUAGUUCUGCACACGGACAAAGAGUAGACUUUGUUUUGCUUACUAUGUAGGCCCCUAUAGCUGUGAAAUGUACGAGACUUUAUUUAAUUCAAAUAAAUUUCAGUCGCUGUUUAAAGUUGAGGCUGCUCUCAUGGGA